AUGUGAGAGAUCUACACGUUUAUUACAACUUUUGACUUGUUCUUCUUUCUCCUUCUCUCCUUCAUGUUUUAAAGUUUCGACUUUGUUCUUCUUUUUAUCUUCUUCAUGUUUUGAGCUUCUAUUCUCAAGAGACAAGAGCUCUGAAACAGAAAAAUGGAUAAAAAACUUAGCAUAAUGCUCUUCCUUUUUGUUCUUAUUCUUCUUCAGUUAUCUGAGCUUCGUACAGCUCAACGACCUUCUCAAGUGGAUAACGAAGCAGAAGAAAAAGGAAUCAAUAACAAUAAUUGGGCUUGGGCUACACAAGCAGAUAAGAUAUCUGACAUGGGCCAAGAGUUGUCGCAUUUGAUGGGAGAAGAGAAAUGCGAGGAGAGCGAUGAAGAGUGUAUGAAGAGAAGGAUGAUCACUGAAUCUCACUUGGACUACAUCUACACUCAAAGCCACAACAAACCUUAACUAUCAUCAGGAGGUACCAAGUAUGAAUAAUCCAAAACCAUAGUGUUUUAAGAAGUUAAAAGAAAAUUUUAAAAAGAUUGUAUUGUGAUAACAAUGGUUGUAUGAUUAUGGGGACUUGAUAUCUAUUAUUAAUAUGAACAACUAUAGUACAUA